UCUUCGUCUCUCUCCCCCGUAACUCUCCCUUAGCUCUCUCCCUCUCAGCUAUCCCGUACCUCUCUCCCUCAACCUCUCGCAUCUCUCUCUUCCCCUGGACUCACUAGGACCGAGUCACCAUCGAAGAGAGGCUCGCAACGAACCAGGGAUCCCUGCACUGCGGCUCAACGGCACGGAGCAAAGCUCCGGCGAGUUUUCCCCAUUUUUCCGUCGGGUUUUUGCUUCGGAACGGUCGUGGGUGAGCACACCCACUUUUCCGGUGAACCCGUGCACCCCGAGGACUUUCCCGGUCACCUCCGACCGAGUUACGACAUUUGGAAGGUAAAAUUGCUAGUGGAGAAAUUCUAAAUCCUUAUUCGCGCGACUCUUCUGCUAAGGAAUAUUUGACUUAGAAUCAAGGCACCUAAUCCCGGCGUCAAAACACUUCUGCAGCAGCAUAUUCGGAUCCUCUCGAAUGAGUUAGGAUCGAGGCACAUGAUCCCGGCAUCAGGCACUUUCGCUUAGGCAUCUUCGAGUUUUCUCAGUUAAUUCAGAAACUGUGAGCGAAGGCAUGACAUCACACCACUCUACUAUAAUAUGAAACAUUUUUUCUAAAUAAAACAGCUGAGCUUUUCAUUGCCAUUUCCGAAAAGAUGAAGAGACCAGCACAACUAGUUGUCGUUCCCGGCCCGGUUAUCGGCCACAUCGUAUCAGCGAUCGAGAUUGCAGAGCAACUCGUUGCUCGGGACGACCAACUGUUUAUCACAGUCCUCGUCAUGAAGCUUCCCUACGACCAACCAUUCACCAUCGCUGACUCUUCAAUCUCUCACCGCAUCAACUUCGUUAACCUCCCCGAAGCCCAACCGGACAAACAAGAAGCCAUCCCCAAACACGGGUCCUUGAUCAGAAUCCUCGUCGAAAAUCACAAAACUCACAUCAGAGACGCCGUUGUCAACUUACUUUCUGAGUCAGAUCAGUCUGAGUCGAUGUCGAGGCCUCGGCUUGCCGGCUUCGUGCUCGACUUUUUAUGCGCAACCCUAGUUGACGUGGCUGACGAAUUCAUGGUUCCCUCCUACGCGUUCUUCACCUCCAACGCUUCGCUGCUCGCACUUUUGUUCCAUUUUCAAUUGCUUCGCGACGAGGGCGGCAUAGAUAUAACUGAGUUUACGCGCUCGAGCGCUGAGUUGGCCGUCCCGAGUUUCAUCAACCCUUGCCCUGCCGCAGUCUUGCCCGGUACGUUUGCGGACAAAGAGAUCACCGAAUCAAUCCUCAACUAUACCAGCAGGUGUAGACAAAUCAAGGGUAUUUUGGUAAAUACAUUCUUGGAGCUGGAUUUGCAUGCUCUUCAUUAUCUUGAUUUUGAUGAUAAAAUCCCACCCGUGUAUCCAGUGGGGCCCUUAUUGAACCUCAAAAGAUGUGAUGAAAAUAAGGGCUCGGAUAUCUUCAGGUGGCUCGAUGAUCAGCCCUCUUUGUCGGUGGUGUUCCUAUGUUUUGGGAGCAUGGGAAGUUUCAGUGAGGCCCAGGUGAAAGAGAUAGCUUGUGCGCUGGAGCAUAGCGGGCAGCGGUUUUUGUGGUCCCUACGCCGGCCCCCACCUAAAGGCAAGAUAGCUAUGCCAAGCGACUAUGCGGAUCUAAACGCAGUCUUGCCCGAAGGGUUUCUUAAUCGGACAGCUCCGAUUGGGAAGGUGAUAGGUUGGGCCCCGCAAGCGGCCAUCCUGGCCCAUCCGGCGAUCGGAGGGUUUGUAUCACAUUGCGGGUGGAAUUCCACGUUGGAAAGUUUAUGGAACGGGGUGCCGAUUGCCACGUGGCCAAUGUACGCGGAGCAAAACCUGAAUGCCUUUCAACUGGUUAAGGAAUUGGGAUUGGCAGUGGAGAUUAAGUUGGAUUAUAGGAAGGACAGUGACGUGUUGGUGAGUGCAGAAGAUAUAGAAAGAGGGAUAAGGCAAGCGAUGGAGCGCGACGGUGAUGUACGGAAAAGAGUGAAGGAGAUGAGUGAAAAGAGCAAGAAAACCUUGGUGGAAGGUGGCUCUUCUUACUCUUCAUUGGAACGUUUUAUUAAUCAAAUUUAAUUUAGUGGGUGGGUUUUAUAUUUUACUCGUUUAUUUUUCAUAUUGUAAUUUGCAACGUUUGUAUUGUAAAUUUUCUAUUAACAUAAUUUACGUAUUAAAUCUUAAGAUCUAAUGGUGACUUUUUUU